UCCUUCACUCGUGUCAUGGUCGGUACGGUCAAAAGGAGGUGGAAUUUCGAGCUACUGUGGGAGUACAAAUAACAUCCGGUCCGUGUGUGUGUCCGUGUGUUUGGCGAGAAUUUCCUGCUGAAACGAAACGUGUGUGAGGGUCGUCUGGUGUAGUAGUAGCAGCACCAGCAGCAGCAAGAAGGAGAACUGCAGCGUCCGUGAAUUGCAUCGUGACGCAUAGCAACAAAAAGGGAUCUCCCCACCUUCCACACAUAAUCGGACGCAACAACACUCAAAGCAAAGCGCAAAAAUGAAAAUCUGGACAUCAGAACACGUCUUCAACCAUCCUUGGGAGACCGUGGCACAGGCCGCCUGGCGCAAAUACCCCAACCCCAUCAACACAGCCGUCAUCGGUACCGAUGUGGUGGAACGAAGGGUCGUCGACGGUGUCCUGCACACGCACCGAUUGGUCAGCUCCAAAUGGUAUUUCCCACAGUGGGCACAGAAGCUCAUUGGUUCACCGAACGUUUGCUACGCUAGCGAAAAGUCGACCGUCGAUCCGAAGGAACGGUUGAUGACGCUGAAAACGAUCAACCUCACCUUUGGCAGCUUUCUUUCAGUGUACGAAACGCUCAGCUACGUUCCACACCCGACCGAUCCGUCGAAAACGCUGCUGAAACAGGAAGCCACGGUACAGGUCGAAGGUGUCCCACUCAACCGGUACAUGGAGGACGUGCUGACAAAGAACAUUAGCACCAAUGCCGGCAAGGGACGCCAAGGGCUGGAAUGGGUGAUAGGAAAGCUGAAUGCUGAGAUGAAAGAACUGGCCAACAGUGCGGCAACUAGCACGAACGAAAUCCUGACACAGACCAAAAAAUCGCUGGACGACAUCACGGACCAGGCGCGCAAGAGCAUGGACGAACUGAGUGCCACCGCUCAGAAGAUACACAUAUAGUAACAAACGCUGCAAGGCGGCGGCGAUGGCGGCCACUGCUGCCGCAACAUCCAAGACCAGUGGUGGCGAAUCGGGCGGCGGCGAACCUUUGCCGUCGAAGGGCGCCAUCGGAACGCAGGAUGGUGGUAAGGGUGAUGAUGCUGGAGCACCAUCACCACCAAUCCCUACGGGUUCAUCAACGUCAUCAUCAUCUACGCUUCUUUUUGGACGCUAUCGGCAAGAGCAGCAGAGAAACGGUGCCGCCAUUCCCCCCGAUUCAGUAAAGCCGGCUGCUGCAGCGGCUACCAAAAGUAACACCAACAGCAACACGCAACCCUCGGCAACGAUGGGGUGGCCUGGCAAACGCGCCCAGCCUGAAGGAAAGGAAAACACGUCCGUUCCGGAUCGUUCAUCGAAUGGCAUUCGCUCGGGAGAUGGAAUAAAACCAGCAGCAACAACAUCAUCAACUAGUGCCUCAACCAGAGAGCAGCAACAGUCCCGUUCUUCUGCUCCUACAUCGUCGUCCUCCUCGUCCACCGCGUCCGCAUCGUCGACAAGUGCGCGCGGGAGUUGAUUCUGGGACCGCAGCGCAGCGAAGAGGGGGAACCAAGCAAACACCGGUUUGGCAUUUAGGGAGCAUUGCUCCCUGUUGGUUCCAUUAUGUCAGUCAGUUCCUUUUAUUUCUAUAAGGCUUGCACUUCCCCUAGCGUCCCUUUUAAAAUGUGUUUCGAUCCACAUGUCUCUCUCUCUCACACACACCGUUUACACCGCUUCUGUCCUACGUUUAUUAUUCCCAUUUCGAGGUUCCCAUUGCAGUAUGCCAUUUGUUUGUAUUAGUAAUUUAUAUACGCAAAUACUGGUGAUAACAUAGUGUUUAACGUACGUAAAGAGAGCACACGUUGGAUGUUUAAGGUUGUUUUUUCUCGGAAAACGGAAAAAAUGAACUAAAGAAGGAAGCAAAAUGAAACGAUAAAGUAAUUCUAAAAUCUA